AUGUCGGGACGCAAAGGAAUGUUCCACACGCCUCCGCACACCAUGGUUAAAACGCGGGGUGCUCUCGAAAGAGAAAAGUUGAAACAUGUCACGGAUGCUCAGAGUGAAGUGCCAGGCCCAAAGAACUCCAAAGAAGAAGAAUUUACGGAUCACGCAAGCCAGAUCAACGCGAAGGCGCUCAGUUUGCAGAUUCAGCCCACCGCAAAAGAGGGUAGCAUCAAAACUGAAACUGAACAUGGAUAUCACCGAUCCAAUACUUCGAAUAAGACUUCGAUGUCUUCACUACAUGCAAAAAGAAAGCAAUUAGAGUUAGACGCCGCCGAAGCUAAAGCUAGGAUCGAGAAGGAGUUAAUAGAUAAAAAGCUAGACGCUGCACUCGCUAAGCUGGAUGAAGAAUAUUCUCAGAAGUCCCGUUGCAGUGAAGAACAACGAUCUAUUUUGUCCGAAACAUCUCAAAAAGUGGAACAGUGGCUCGAGAGAAGUCGCCAAGACGAACAAAACGAACGCGCUCUCGCGACCCCUUGGCAAGAACCGAACCCCGGACCCAGCUCACUUCAAACCCUAGCACAAGCAAUGGAAAAACUAGCUACUACAACUCAAAGUGCUAAUACUCGUCUUUUAUCUCGAUUAGCCACGUCUAAGGACUUACCGUUAUUUUCUGGUGAAUCGCUCGAGUGGAUACAAUUUAAAAAAUCAUACGAACAAUCCACCAAGUUAUGCAACUAUAGUGAUUCUGAAAAUAUCGCAAGAUUAGAGAAAUGUCUCCGUGGUGAAGCUAAAGAAACGGUCUCAUCUUUAUUUACGACUGACACCUCACCACGCGCCAUCCUAGACGCACUAGAGCUACGAUUCGGAAGACCUGACCUAAUCAUAAAUAAAAUCUUAACACAAUUUAAGAAAUUGCAACCUUUACCGCAAGCGUAUCAUAUCGAGUUGGUGAACUUCGCCGUCAAAGUGAAGAAUUACGUGGCAGCUGCAGAGUCUAUUAAUCAGACCGAUCAUCUUCGAAGCCCUGAGUUACUAAGCAUCGUUAUAUCAAAGUGUCCCAGUGCGCUUAUCAACAAGUGGGCAGACUAUAUAUACGAACAUAGCGAUACAAACAAAGCUAAAUUACAGUUAUUCUCCGAGUUCCUGCACAAAGAAGCUACGAAGAUCGCCGCCGCUGGUGUAACUCAUAUCCAUUCUCAAAAUGAACAUAAGUUUCCAAAAAAGAUGGAAGACCGAAAACUUCAAGUUCACCCCAUUUUAAACAAUGAUAAUGAUACUAACACGAAGUGCAAGUUUUGUAAGAUGUCUUAUCAUCCGCUGACUAAUUGCAUCAAAUUUAAACGCGCGCUACGCAGGGAUAAAUGGCGCUUUGUUAAAAUAAACAGAAUAUGCCAUAAAUGCCUGUUGCUAGGCCACGGGAAAGAAACCUGCCCGGCCGCAUCGUGCGAUAUUGACGGCUGCGGGCUGCCCCACCACCGCCUCCUUCACUGGCCGAACAGACCUAACGCAGCCAGCGCAGCGCCCCGCAAUAGCAGCACCAACGAAGACAUAAAUAAUACGCCAACAUUAAGUGCGACAGAUGAACCUGCCAACAACAAUCCCACGACCGCAAUCGUAACCAAUACUGUCGUGGAACCUAGUGACAGUGUUUACCUAAAGUCUGUACGAGUGAACCUCCAUGGACCUAGCGGCACUAUUGCUACUUAUGCCCUUUUAGAUGAUGGGGCCGCAGUGAGUCUGAUAUCAGCUGAUCUUGCUAACUGUGUCAACCUUCAAGGUCAGCCAAAGACAAUAAGUAUGAAAUGUGCAUGGAAAUCUAAAUUCGAGUGUACAAUUGAAACUGUGAACUUUAAAAUCUCGAACUCAAGUGGUGAAAUGUACGAUUUACGUGCGCGAAAAAUGAGUGAGCUAGACUUACCAACACUGGACCUAUCUAACGUGAACUUAGACUCUUACGAUUAUUUACGCGACCUAAAAAGUGUUAUACCCCGCUGUAAUAUGGAACCGAAGUUAUUAAUCGGACAGGACUACUACCAUUUGUUAAUGCCGCUAAAGACUGUUUAUCGGGGCGAUUUUGAACCUUGUGCCACAUUAACAAAACUCGGUUGGUGUUUACACGGAACCUUACCUGCGGCUAUAUUCGGUCGACCUUCGACCGCCGAGCAUGCCUUGACAACAGUGCUGUACGAGCGCGCUAAACCAGCCGCCGAAAUCUGCAACGCAUGCACUCCGCCCUCCACCGCCACCCCCGCGGACAUACUUACCGCGCGGCGGGAGAUGCACACAUGCACAGACGCAGACACACACUCAUCACCACAAUGGUCAAGCGAUGCACUUAGCGACAGCGCAGAUAAACAACUUCAUGAACUGGUUCGUCGAUCGUUUGCGCUCGAAUCAAUAGGAGUGAACUCUAAGCCACGCGUAAAUAAGGACGACAUUCGUGCAGUCAACAUCAUUGAUAACUCUGCAAGAUUAAUUAACGGGAGUUAUGAAAUUAGUUUACCAUGGAAAAACGAUGCUAAACUGCCUGACUCUUACCCAAAUGCUUAUAAGAGAUUCCUCGCUGUGGAAAGAAGAAUGCUGUCAGAUGAAGGAUACGCCUCCAGGUAUACGGAGCGUAUUAAUCACUUACUUGAAAACAAUUACGCCCGAUUAUUAUCAGACGAAGAAUUGUUAGCGCCACAUAUGCGCGUAUUUUAUUUAGCCCAUUUUGGAGUUGACAACAAAAACAAGAAAAAAUUGAGACUAGUGCAUGACGCUUCAGCCGCCACCGCCGGUCGCUCCCUGAACGACUACCUACUCCAGGGUCCUGACCUACUUCAGUCUUUACUGGGCAUCAUGCUACGCUUUCGAGAAAAACCAGUCGCAAUUAUGGGCGAUAUAAAAGAAUUCUUCCUUCGCAUCAAGAUAACGAAAGAAGACCAGCACGCAUUACGAUUUUUAUGGCGCGAGAACGUAAACAGCGAAUUAAAAACCUACGUUAUGACGUCAUUGUUAUUUGGAACCAAUUGUUCUCCAUUCAUUGCACAACAUAUUAAAAAUAAAAAUGCAAUGCGAUUCCAAAACGAAAUGCCUGAAGCGGUCGAAGCCAUCCUGAAGUCACAUUAUAUGGACGACUACAUCGAGAGUGUGGACAACGAGCAGUUAGCUAUCAAGAUGAUAAAAGAAGUUGCCGAAAUCCACAAACAAGGUGGCUUCGAAAUAAGAAAUUGGAUUUCUAACAAACGUGCAGUUUUGGAAUGCACGCCAAAAGAAACCUUAAGUGACAAGGCAAUAAGGUUCAAAACCGGAUGCGACGACGUACCUGAGAGAACGCUCGGGUUGCUAUGGUACCCGGCCAGCGACACAUUCGGCUUUGAUUUGUCACUUAAACGCAUUCCGACGGAGAUAAUUAACUUGCAACGAAAACCCACGAAGCGGGAACUCCUGCGCAUCUAUAUGUCGAUAUUUGACAUUUUUGGCUUCCUUGCACCAUUUACUGUCAAAGCAAAAAUAAUGCUACGAAAUAUCUGGAGAACGGAUACUAAAUGGGACGAUGAGAUUCCUACGAAUGAAUAUACAGUAUUUCGCAACUGGAUAACGGAAUUACAAUCUUUGAAAGAUUUGCGCAUUCCAAGAUUUCAUUUUCACGGCGAACAAGUUAUGAGCGAGCGCGAUAAUACUGAUAACGCUCGCCGCCACACCUUGCGCCAGAAUGAGACGACCAUAGAACUCGAACUUCACAUUUUUUGCGAUGCUGCUCCUACUGCAUACGCUGCCGUCGCUUAUUGGCGCAAAAUAUGUAGCAUCAAUGAAGUACAAGUUUCAUUCAUCGCGAGUAAAUGUCGUUCGUCACCUGUGAAGAAAUAUAUAACUAUACCUAAACUUGAGAUGGAAUCAGCUGUUAUCGCCUGCAGACUCGCUGACUCAAUAGCGCGCGAACACAGGUUGACCGCCUGCACACGGUACUUCUGGACCGAUUCUUUAAUCGUUUUGCAUCAAAUAAAAAACGAUACGCGCAACUAUAAAGUUUUUGUCGCUAACAGACUUGGCGAAAUUGAUGAAUUAUCUCAAUCCUGUGAAUGGAAUUAUAUACCUACCGACUUGAAUAUAGCUGACAAAGCGACUAAAUUAAACACUUACGAGUUGAAUAACGACUGCGACUGGCUCCGUGGCCCUGCAUUCCUGUACUCGCCGCGGGACACGUGGCCGAAGUAUGACGCUGCAAAACAAAAGAUAAACAAAGAUCAGCUGUUACAAGUAAACAUGCUAUAUGAUAUAAAGGAUGAAGACUUACCUGUUGUUCCUGAUUUGAAUAAAUUCUCUUCGUGGACCAGGCUAUGGAGAUGUAUGGCAAAUGUUUUGUUGUUUAUCACGAGGUGCCGAAGACCUGGUAACGCGCAGAUUGAUGCCGACACGAUGCAACGCGCUGAAACUGAAUUAUUGCGUUACUCACAGAUAAAAUCGUUUCCAGAAGAGAUUUAUGCACUGAAAAAUAAUAAGGCAAUCGAACCGAGCAGCCGAUUGCGCAAAUUAACGCCAAUAUUAGAUGAACACGGAUUGCUACGCGUCGGCGGGAGGAUCGACGCUGCUUCGUAUAUUGAUUACGACCUGAAACGUCCCGUUAUACUUGACGGGCGUGAUUAUAUAACGAGAUUGAUAAUCAAGCGUUAUCACGUGAUGGCUGCGCACGGUAAUAAUGAAACUGUAGUCAACGAUAUUCGUCAAAAAUAUUGGAUUGUCAACUUACGCCCUACAGUACGUACAGUUGCGGCACGAUGCUUGUAUUGCCGAAUAAAAAAAGCAAGACCUAGUAACCCACGGAUGGGAGACUUACCGGCGGCGCGACUCGCUCAUCAUCAACGCCCGUUUACUCACUGCGGCGUUGACUUAUUUGGGCAUAUGGAAGUGACAGUCGGCCGUCGCCACGAGAAACGGUACGGGGUACUCUUCACCUGCAUGACAGUACGAGCGAUCCAUAUAGAAUUGGUACCCUCGCUCUCCGCAGAUUCCUUUAUUAUGGCCUUGAGACGGAUGGCAUCACGACGAGGCUGGCCAUACAGAAUGUACUCCGACCAUGGUACCAACUUCAGAGGCGCUGACGCCGAGUUAAGGAGAUCGUUUAAAGAGAUAAACGACCAAGCGAGUGUCAGAGACCUACUGACUACGAAAGAACUUGAAUGGCGCUUCAUAUCACCAGCGAGUCCUCACAUGGGCGGCUCCUGGGAGCGUUUAAUUAAAAGCGUCAAAACAUCCCUGAAAGCGGUCUUAAAGGAACGAGCUCCACGCGAAGAGGUUUUGAUCACAUUGCUGGCAGAGGUGGAAAAUAUUGUAAAUAGUCGUCCGCUUAGCUACGUAUCGACAGACCACGGCGACCCAGAAAGUUUGACACCAAACCACUUCCUCAUAGGCUCCUCUUCGAACCUCCCAGUUCCUGGUGUAUUUGAUGAUACUGACCUGUUUCGGAAGAAGAUGUGGAGAAUAUCACAAAGACUUACCGAUGCAUUCUGGCGGCGUUGGAUGCGCGAGGUACUACCAAAUCUUCUACCACGACAAAAAUGGUGCCAAGAGGGCAAACAGCUGAAAAAGGGCGAUGUCGUGGUAAUCGUAGACCCAGCGAUGUGA